CUAUGUGACCUAAAGGCUCUGAAUUUUGGACUGUGACUCAUUCAUCUGUCUCAGUGAAGGGACUGGCUGUCUACAGAGGUGUGGCAGUUGCAUGUUCUUGCUGCUGGCUUUCAAGGACUCAUGUCUUUGGCUGCUGAAAAUCUGUGCAUUGCUGUUCUUCUGGAGUACUCACGGAAAGGUGAGAAGCCAGGGACGGAGCAAGAUGAAGUUAAGCUGCAGAAUGCCAGCAAGCAGAUUGUGCAGACUGCUAUCCUCCGAGCAGUGCAGCAAGUUUCACAGGAGAGCCAGCAAAAGGAGAAACGAACAAACAGCAGUACAAGCCUCCAACUAGAAAGAGGAAAAUUAACGAAGAAGCAUGAAAAGAAGUAAAGGAGUGGAUUGGUUUUUUUCAAUCCUCCAGUCUGCAGUGUUUUCAGCCUUCUCUUUAGUAUCAGCUGUAUUGCUAGUGCAAUGUUACUGUUGUAAAGCAAACCAAAGUAUAAUCACACCUAGACAUAGGGUAAAGCUGCAAUAGUCCUCAGCUGAGAAAUAUUAAGUGCAUUAGAUUACUAACUCCAUAUUUAUGCAGUGCCUCUUAACAGAAACAAUAACCAUAGCUAUAAAAGUAGUUUCAAGCACAAGCUCUUAUGGUAUGGACUUUCUCAAAAGCUUGCUGCCAGUGCACUUUCAUGUAAGUUCUGCGUGCAAUGUUUAUGUCAGUUCAGCUGGAUGGACUCUUCUUUAAGUUACGGGGUUCACUGAAGCUGUCUUCACUGAAGAAAUAGUUUACUGUUGAGUGUAGCAGAAUGCUUUCAGGCUGCCUUGAAGCACGUGUUUGUACUUUGCUUUGAUUAAACAUGGACUAUGUGAAGUAGCAGUAUAAAGUGGAUUUGGUAAGUUCUGUGAACCAAUUUCUUUUUUCAUCUUGGGAAAAAAAAAAAAGCAAUCCAGUAAGACUGCAGUGACUGUGAUCUAUGACUCUGAUCAUAGACCUAUGAUCUAUGUCUUUUUUUUAAAGAAGUUAAAAGAAGUACUGAAGUUUUAGUCUACUUAUUUGAAAUACUUCUAUACUUCUGCAUAAAAAUCACUUGUGCCUCAACUAUUCUUUUUAAUUUUCUUAAUAUUGAAAGAAGAGAAACUGAUGUGCUGAUAUAGAGUUUGCCAGCUUUUCCUUCAGUUUUGCAACUUUGCUGGGCCUUGAUUUACAGAAAGUGAAGACUUGAGUGGCUUUUAAAAAAGGUUUUGAAUUUAUUAAUAUCCUGAAGGAUGGAAAUAUACUGUGUCUGAAUUCUGUCAUCAUAGAUAUUUCUCACCUGCUGGGUAUAAAGUGAUUUUAGAUAUUUGCAAUUGUUACAUAGAUUCACCUCAAAUAGCACUGCUUUAAGCUGGUAAUACAGAACUUAUCUUUUAACUGCUCUAUAAAGCUGAAAAAAUCCAUGAUGUUGCUGAAAAUACAAAUUAACUAAAUGUAGCUUUCACUUUUAUGCUCCCUUACUGUAAUGAUGAUUGCACUAUUACACAUCUGAAAUGAAUAACAGUAUAUUUAAUUCUAGAAAUGGCUUGUAGCUCUGCU